CUUCAAACUCACAAGAGCCAUUCAAGAACCAUCUAUCUCACAGAACCCUCGUUCACAUUCCUUGACCAGACCAGAUCUUUUUCCCAUCUUAACACGCAAAAUGAUUAUUCCUUAUGCUCUUUUGGUUCCCUUGUUGCUCUUGAAUUCAGUCUCUGCCAGCCAUUGGGCUUGUUACAGACGUCGGAACACAAAUUUCGGUUGGAAUAUUGAUGCUGUCCUUGCAGACCCAAAUGGAAUUAUUAUUGCACAAACUGGUUAUCAUAAUGACCUUGCCGACGUUUACACAAAAAAAAAUGGCAGAGGAAGGAUGGACAUUAGAAGUGGAUUGAAAACUUGGUCUUGUGUUACUGAUGGUGUAGAUCAUGGAACUUUCACUGCUAAUGAAGUGAAAACACUUAAUAACAAAGUUGACAAGAUUGCUUUUGGAUGUUACGACUUGGGUGGAACAGAUUACUGCAACCAGUAUGAUUACAUUAAAAAGAUGUGCUAUGGAUGGCUAGACCAGGUCAAGGAUGGCAAGCUGAAUGUCUAGGACAAAAAGAAAAAAAAUUUUCAGUAUCACCAGUCCACAUCCGUAGUAUCGGUUCAUUAUAGUCAUAGUCCAUAUCCAUCCAGUAUAUGGACAAAUAAAAGCUAAUUGAGG